ACUACUUCAGCAACUACUACUACUACUACUUCAUAUACUACUGCAACCUCAGCUGCUAAUACUACUACUUCAGCUACUACUACUAAUACUUCAGCUACUACUACUAAUACUUCAGCUGCUACUACUACUAGGCUACUUCUUUCAGAUUCUUCAGAUCACUUCAUUUUACAUUUCUCUGAAAUACAAUCGGGAAACGACUUACUUGGAAAUCAUACCCCUUAUCUUACCGUCAUUUCUUAGGUAAUGGUUACACAUCGCUAAGGAAUUUGGAGGCUGGCCUUACUGCUUGACUUGACACCAUCCAUAGAUCAUCCGAUAUUUGGUGAAUAACCCUUUAAGACUCCACUGUUGUGGCCGGAUAUAAAGCUAGGGCCAGAGCCGAGAGGGGUUUAACUCACGGCGGUAUAUAAGACGUCUACGUCGAAUCCUCCCUUGGUCUCUGAAAAAAUGACUUCACUCACUCAAGCUUUGUCUUAUCCCAAACCCAGCCACGCGGAGUCUCUGAACUGCCCCCCCAACGCGAUGCCAAAACGGAUCCUGGGCGGAGAUCAUUGGGUACUGGUCAUCAACACCGGAGGAACCAUCGGAAUGAAGAGUCAUGAGGGGGGCCUCGAACCGGAGCCCAAUGCGUUUGUGAAGGAGUUGCGAGAGAUGAAUAUCUUCCACGAUGCAGAAUAUGCCAAGGAAAAGGGCUACGACCGCUUUGAAAACACACUGGUCCUGCCGUCAUAUAGCAAGAGCGCUCUACGGGUUGUGUACUACAUUCUAGAGUACGACCCCUUACUGGAUUCCUCCAACAUGACAACCACGGACUGGGCGAAAAUCGGGAAGGACAUCGAGAAAAACUACGAGCAAUACGAUGGCUUCGUGAUCCUCCACGGCACGGACACCAUGGCGUACACGUCCUCCGCCCUGUCCUUCAUGUGUGACCACCUGGGCAAGCCCGUCAUCCUCACUGGCUCCCAGGUGCCAAUUUAUGACCUGUGGAACGAUGGCAGGGACAACCUGCUGGGGGCGCUGCUGCUCGCUGGUCUGUUUGACAUUCCGGAGGUAUGCCUGUACUUCCGCAACAAACUGUUCAGGGGAAACCGCGUCACCAAAGUGGACGCUGGGAGUUUCGAUGGCUUCGCCUCCCCUAACCUGCCCCCCCUGGCCAAGAUGGACGUGGAUGUAACGGUCUACUGGGACAGGCUGUGGAGAGCCGAGACCAACACCAAGUUCUGCGUGAGCACAAAGCUGAACUGCAACGUGGGCCUGCUGAGGCUGUUCCCUGGCAUCACCACGGAAACCGUGAGGUCGUUCCUGCAGCCGCCCAUGGAGGGCGUGGUCCUGGAGACCUACGGCGCCGGGAACGCCCCCGACAACCGCCCCGACCUCCUGGCCGCGCUGAAGGAGGCCACCGGCCGCGGCGUGAUCAUCAUCAACACCACCCAGUGUCUGAAGGGCACCGUGUCCAAGAUCUACGCCACGGGCGAGGUCCUGUAUGAAGCGGGGCUGCUGCCCGGUAGGGACAUGACCCCCGAGGCGGUCCUCUCCAAGCUGUCUUACGUGUUGGCCAUUGAAGGGCUGGACCUGCAGAACAAAAAGAUGAUGAUGACCGAGAACCUGCGAGGGGAGAUGAGUGCAGACCUGGGAGCCAAGCACAACCUGAGGGACAGCCGCUUCAUCCAGGUCAUCACCAAGUCGCUCAGCAUCAGCUGCAAGAAGGAGCUGGAAGCAAUACGUGAUGCCCUGGCCCCCCCGCUGGCCUGCGCCGCCGCCAAGAUCGGAGACGUGGAGGCCCUGGAAUCCAUCCGGGAAAUGGGGAGUAUCCUGAGUCUGGGCGACUACGACGGACGCACACCGCUGCACGUCGCUGCGAGUGAGGGCCACCUGAAGGUGGUCCAGUACCUCCUGGAGCACGGGUCCACCGUCCACGGCCGGGAUCGCCACGGCGACACCCCCCUGUCCAACGCAGUGCUCUUCAGACGCAAAGACAUCGUUAGGCUCCUGCGGAAGGCCGGAGCCCACCUGUCCCGAGAGCAGCUGGCCGUCUCGGGCACAGAGCUGUGCAGCCUUGCGGCUCACGGAGACCUGGACGGUCUGCAGCUCUGGCACGUAGCCGGGGCCGAUCUGAACGCCCCCGGGUACGACGGACAGACGGCCCUUUCAGUGGCCACGGGGGCCGGCAAGUUGGAGGCCGUCGCGCUGCUUAAUCGCCUCCUGAGUGCCAAGGAUCAGGACAAACUGGGUGAUGAGUAGGAUGAUGAUAAGGUUGGUGACAGGGGUGAGAGCGGGACCAAGCCCAGCGCCACCCCCCCCGGUGGGAUGCUAGACCCGGGUGGGGCUCCUACGCCAGCCAGGCUCGCUCACUGCCCUUCCCAGAGCGGCGCCAUCGCCUCUCCUUCCAAUGUUCCAGCUCAAAAAGAUAUGUGACGAUGAGAACUUGAUAAAGAAAUUGCACUUGAGAUUCUUGAACCAUUGUUUCCGGCCUCCAUUGUUUUCAGUGCUUCAUUAUCACUUUUGACCAUUGCUUGUACCCAAAGCCAAUGUUAAAGUAGUUAAUGCUUGAAUGUAUUCUUCUAAAGCAAUCAAUUAAGGUUUGUGUGAGUUUUUUUAAUUGCUGUCCAACAAAACAAAGUUUUUCAGGGUUUUGGUAAGGGUUUUGUGUCCCUGUCGUAUCAAUAUGCUUAAAUGCUGUUCCUAUUUGAUUCGAAAUAAAAUGUAUGAAAAA